CGCUGCGCAGCCGGUGGCCGCCGUCGACGCGGUGUUUGCGCUGGUGCGCGAGGCGCGCGAGGCCGACGCUCCGCUGGCCGCAGACGCCGUCACGGUGGAUGCCCUGGUGCUGGCGCUGGCGCUCGGCGGCCAUGCGGCCGAGGCCGCGGCGCGGCUGGGCGCGUGGUAUGCGGAGCUCGGCAUUGAGCGGUCGGCGGCGUCGUACGUUGCUGUGCUGCGCGGCUGCGUGCACCCCAGCAACAAGACCGUGGCCGAGGCCGUCAUGGCGCAGAUGCUGGACGCCGGCGUGCAGCCGACGGCGCGUGUGCUGGAGACCAUGGUGCUGGUGUCCCUCGGCCAGUUCAACUACGAGGACGCCUUUGUGUACUUGGAGUCCAUGAAGGCCCACUCCAUGGUGCCUGCCUGGCGCACGUACGCCGCUGUGGUGCGCCGCUGCGCGCGUGUCCGCGACCCCCGCGCACAGACUGCCCUGCGGGAAAUGCAGGCGCUCGGGUACCCCGUCACGGACGCCCUGCGCAGCUUCGUUGCCCUGCACGGCCGCAGCGCACGGUACACGCCGGCAGCGCCGCGCAAGGCAGAUCGCGAGGCUGCCGAGCCCACAGCGGUGACGCAGCAGCCGGACGGCCAUGCGCCUGGGGCGCCCUCCUUCAAAAUCUAAACGCAAACCCCCACCAGAAUCUAGAAUUAAUCAACUUCCCCCUCUCCUCUUUUGAAUUUCAUAUUCGCCCCUUCUCGUUCUUUAAUUUAUUUGUUU